AUGAUACCAAACGAAUUGGAUUUCCCUGAUCUUGACAAGUUCUGGAAGAAACCAGAUGGCGAGGGAGAUGAGCGUUUAUGUCGAUUAUAUACAAAACAAGCUUCACCAUUUGGUUCCAGUGUUUCUAUUCGUUCUAAAAAAGAAUUUGAAUUUGUUAAAGUACUGUAUCGAACAGCUGAUUAUUCUCGAACUGCAAUGCCAUUAUUGAUUGGAUUAAAAUAUGAAAAUGAUCGUUUCCAAUGGUUUGAUAAAUCAACGUUUAAUUAUAGUGAUUUCUUGGGAUAUGAUUAUAAAUCACGUUUUAUAGAUGUUAAAAAAGGCCAUUGUCGUCGAUUUUUUCUUUAUAGUCCACCAACAUAUGAUACCAGGAAAUAUUAUGUGUUUGAUAUUAAUUGUAAAAUACGAUUUUUCGAAUACCGUGUUUUAUGUCGAUAUCAAGCAUCGAAUGCUACGUUUCCUGUAUCACAGCAUCCUAAAGCUGAUGAUUAUUCUAAAACCAAAGAGACUACUCAAUUUGGAUUGGAUUAUCAUGAUUAUUGGGAUAAUGGUAAUAUUUUUUCUUCUAAUUGGAAUUGA